CCGAUCGAAUUCUUUAGUCAAGCGAAUGCAGCUAUGCAUCCUGAGGGAUCUUGAUCCUCGUGUUCCUGAAUCUUCCAUGGUCGCAUGGCGGACCCGUAGUUCAUGCACCUAUCCUUGGCAUGGUCGUCACACCAGCUCUGGCUGCUCCUGGAUAUUCAUAACCUGGCCAAGGUCAAGCAUCGCCCAGGAAAUAGCUAGCUAGCUCAGCUCAGUCCUUCGUUUAUCUGUGGUGAGCAUGUCGACCAUCGCGCAUCCGGGCGGCGCGGGCCUUCCUGAUGAUAAUCAAGGGCCACGCAUCCUGGCGGCCACGAGCAUUGUGACUGCUGGGGCUGCAGUCACCGUGCUCGCUCGCAUGUAUGUCCGCAUUUUCCUCAUUCGCAAUGUGGGGUUUGAUGAUUAUACCAUGCUGUUAACCAUGAUCUUGUCACUCAGCGGAUGGGGAGUCAUCAUUCCAGAGGUCAUCUACGGCGCGGGCCGACAUACGGCCUACGUCGAAAAGACAGCUACCAAAGCAAUGCAUUUGAACUUUGCUACCCAGGCGAUAUACAUGUGGGCUAUUGGACUCGUCAAGAUCUCCAUCGGACUGUUCCUGCUACGGUUUGCGCCGCGCAAAGGCUACCGCGUUUUCAUCUGGAUUGUCAUCGCUCUGAUGCUCAUUUACACGACAAUCUGUUUCUUCACACUCAUUUUCCAAUGCCAUGACAUGCGGAGUAUUUGGGAUUUCUCGGUCAAGUCGAAAUGCUUUGCCCCGAUACAGCUGUUGAAAUUGAGUUAUACAAAUACAGCUUUGAAUAUCCUGACUGAUUUGAUCUUCGCCAUCCUUCCUAUCUUCAUGCUCAGACAUCUACAAGUCAACAAGCGAACCAAGGCUUCCUUGAUCUGCAUCCUGGGUUUGGGUAUCUUUGCCUGUGCCGCAGCGAUCGUGAAGCUCACUGUGCUUCCCAACUACGGUCGCACGGGCGACUUCCUUUGGGAUUAUUCUACUCUCACGAUCUGGGUUGUUGUCGAAUCCAACAUGGGCAUCGUCGCCGGCAGCCUCCCAACCUUGAAACCCCUCUUUAAGCAAGUGCUGGGCAGCUACGGCUCACGCUACAAAUCGCGACCCUACAACUACCCCCAGCAUAACACAUACGGCAGUAAGGCCUACCGUCUGCGCUCCAUGUCCCGCUCGCAGCAGCACGGCCAGUCGCAGACCCAGGCCAGCCACCACGACCCCGAGCCCUUUCCCAAGAAACCGACGGCAACCACCACCACAACCACCGCCACGGCGACAUCGUUCCCGGGGCACGACAGCAGCCAUAACUCGAGCGAGGAGUACAUUCUCUCACCGCAUGAGCAUGACACGAUCAUGCUGACGACAGAGGUGACCGUGUCGCAUUCGAUGCAGGCCCAGGCGGAGCGGAGUCGCGCGGCGGCUGCAUCGCAGGGUCGGGGGUUCGAUCGGCCGGGGCCGGGGAUGGUGUAGACUUCUUGGAUCCUUGCGUUUUGUGUCUUUUCUCCUUUGAUCCCUCCAUUUCUCUUCUAGACACUUCUUUCAAUAUGAUAUUUCCUUUGUUUAUUCUAUAUCCGUGUCAUGUUAAUGGAGGAAUGGAUUCAAGGGGCUCGGUAUCCCGGCUAGGGCGUUUGCAAAGUUUGCCCUAGCCCCAGGGAGGUAAGACGCAUAGACGACAGUCAAGCAGUGGAAGG